AUGGAAUCAGAAUUGACACUUCAUGAAGGUGGAUGCCAUUGUGAGAAGAUCAAAUGGAGAGUGAAAGCAUCAAGAAGAGUGGUGGCUUGGAGCUGCAACUGCUCAGAUUGUUCAAUGAGAGGCAAUGUCCAUUUCAUUGUCCCUUCAAGCAACUUCGAGCUUCUCGGUGAUUCCAAAGAUUUCAUCACCACUUACACUUUCGGGACUCACACGGCCAAGCAUACCUUCUGCAAGGUCUGUGGGAUCACAUCGUUUUACAUCCCGAGGUCUAACCCCGAUGGAAUCGCAGUCACGGUUAAGUGUGUCAAGUCAGGGACAUUGGACCAUGUUGAGAUCAAAAGCUACGAUGGUCAGAACUGGGAAAUGUCACACAAAGAAACCGGUAUUGCCUCCUUCUCUAAAGAGUGA